GCGUUCGCCGCUCGUUCCCGCCCGCUCGCUGACGUCAGCGCUGACGUCACAGCAGCGGCACGCGUGACGUCAGGCGGCACCGGCUUUCCAGCCAAUGGCAGAGGGGGACAAACCCAGACAGCUCCUCCGACUGGUCCAGGAGGGACAGCUGGACCUUCUCCAGGAGGAAUUGUCACCAGCUGCCACCAAGGACUUGGCCCCAGGGCGCUCAGGGGACACUCUGCUGCACCACGCUGCCCGACACGGCCACCAGAAGGUCCUCAGCUACCUGGUGGAGGAGCUGGGGAUGGAUCCUGAGCUCUUCAACAGGGACUACAAGAGGCCUCUCCACGAAGCAGCCUCCAGGGGGCACCUGGAAUGUGUCUCCUACCUCUUGGAGAGAGGAGCCAGCGUGGACUGCUUGAAAAAGGCAGACUGGACCCCCCUGAUGAUGGCUUGCACCAGACAAAACCUGGAGGUGAUCAAAGCUCUGGUGGAGCAUGGAGCAAACCCACUGCUGAAGAACAAGGAUGGCUGGAACUGUUUCCACAUUGCAAGCAGGGAGGGUCACCCCCAUGUCCUCCAGUACCUGCUGGAUGUGUCCCCAAGGAGCUGGGACACAGAAAGCACAAUAAGCAGGACACCUUUGCACACAGCAGCCAUGCACGGCUGCCUGGAGGCUGUGGAGCUGCUCCUGGAGCGGUGCCAGUACAAACCUGACAGCAGAGACAGAUGUGGAGUCACUCCCUUUAUGGAUGCUGUCCAGAAUGGGCAUAUUGCCAUUGCCAGGGUGCUGCUGGAGAAACACCAGGCCUGUCCUACAGCUGUGGAUGCUCUGGGUGCUCAAGCUCUGCACAGAGCAGCUGUGACUGCCCAGGAUGAAGCCAUCCAGUUUCUUGUCUCUGAGCUGGGCGUUGAUGUCAACGAGAGAGUGAGGAGCCUCCAGCACACAGCUCUGCACUAUGCAGCCAAGGAAGGACACACACACACCAUCCAGACCCUGCUGUCCCUGGGGGCUGAUAUCCAUGCCAGAGAUGGGAAGAACCGUUCUGCCCUGCACACUGCCUGUGCUGGGCAGCAGGCUGGUGCUGCACGGAUCCUGCUCCAGGCUGGGCUGAAGGAUUCUCCUGAUGCCACAGGCACACUGGCCCAGGAGCUGGCCAGGAAGCCAGAAGUACUCCAGGUUUUCCAGGAAAGCAACGUCAGCACUUGAAACCAACUGGGGACAAAAAGAGAAAGAUGUUUCAGUUCAGGGUGUUUUAGGGCUGAACUUCAACCCUUCUCCUGCAGCACAUCCAACAGCUGAGGUGACAGCUCCCUCAAGUUUCACCCUCCAAGGAAGGUGCCCUUGCUGGGUCACCUCUGGGGACCUGCACAGCUUGAAGCUGCUGAAGCUUUUGUAGCUCCUGAUGGGAUGUCUCCAUGGGAUGGAUAUCCUGAGGGAGAAGGCACACCUGGAUCAUUGCUUUUUGUAGCCCUUAAUGGCCCUGCUGUCCAUGAAGCUCUGGAAAUGGCCCCCUGGAGAGGGUGAGUGUGGUGCAGUGUCACUGAGCCCUUGGUGACAAUUCCUUCAUCAGGGUUGAGCUGCAAAGGACAAGCUCAGGGACUUUUCAAGCUGCUUCAACCUUUUUUGUCCCAAACCUGCUCCCAAAACUUGGUGAAACCAGUGAGACCUCGUGAUGAUGUCAGGGAUCUUU